CCGUAGUCCUUCCAUUGCGUUGGUCUAUGGGUAAUGUAGUACAGCGUCAGACACGUGGGGCGUUGCGUUUCCAACUUUUCAGAAAGAUGGCGGGUCUGGAGCUGCUGUCGGACCAGGGAUACCGUUUAGAUGGAAGAAAAGCCACCGAGCUGCGGAAGUUUCAGGCCCGCAUGGGUGUGUUCGCUCAGGCGGACGGCUCGGCGUAUUUAGAGCAGGGAAACACCAAGGCUCUGGCUGUGGUGUACGGGCCGCAUGAAGUACGAGGCGCACGCAGCCGGAUUCGUCAUGAUCGAGCUGUUAUCAACUGUCAGUACAGCAUGGCCACCUUCAGCACGGCGGAGCGGAAGAGGAGACCCCACGGGGACCGCAAGUCCACUGAGAUGAGCCUCCACCUCAAGCAGACGUUUGAAGCCGCUGUGAUGACCCAGCUCUACCCACGCUCCCAAAUAGAUAUCUAUGUCAAGAUUCUGCAGUCAGACGGCGGGAACUACAGCGUGUGUGUGAAUGCUGCAACUCUGGCGGUGAUUGACGCAGGCAUCCCCAUGAGGGACUAUGUGUGUGCCUGCACUGUCGGGUUCGUGGAUGAGACGCCCCUCGCUGACCUUUGCUAUGCAGAGGAAGGUGGAGGAGUGAGCUCUCUGGCCUUAGCACUGCUGCCCCGGGGGGGACAGAUCGCUCUGCUGCAGAUGGACGCCAGACUACAUCAGGAUCACUUAGAGGCUCUGAUCGAAGCUGCCAUGACAGCUUGUAAAGGUGUGAGCAAGGUGCUGGAUCAGGUGGUGCGGCAACAUCUCCAAGAAGCUUCUGUGCCUUCUGCAGAGUGAUGGGCGAAGAGGAAUGAAUAUCUAGACUGUGGAUUUGGUUUCAGGCUGGAAAGUGUUCUUGAACUGAAUGGAGAGGCAUGAUGGGAAGAAAAUGUGGACUGAAUGUUUUUUUUAUGUAUCCAUGACAAUUAUACUUUUGUACAGUCUAUGUGUGCUGAAGCUAUUAAUAAAUAUAUAAACCUUG